CUCCACAUACUAUCCACCCCUUCCUACUCCAAAAGUUUCUUGAUCCAUUGUAAAAGUUUCCCACAAAGGCCUCUCAGUCAUCAAUGUAUGAUUUCAUCAAACAUCAAGUCCCUUGCAAGCAAUACUCAUUCCUCUGAACCAAUAACAUCUAAGAGGCGAUCGGCAAACUACCAGCGCAGCAUCUGGGGUUUCGAUUUUGUGCAAUCCUUAAAUAGUGAUUACAAGGGUGAAGCCUACAAGAGCCAAACAAAGAAAUUGGAAGAUGAAGUAAGGCUUAGGCUUGAUGAUGGAGCUAUGGAGCAGUUAGGUCUGCUGGAGCUGAUUGAUGACAUAGAGAGACUUGGAUUAAGGUACCUCUUUGAAGAGAAUAUCAAAAAAGCCCUGGACACCAUAGUUUGCUUGGAAGAUAUCGAAAAGAGAACAAAGGAGAGUCUCCAUGCUACAGCUCUUCGAUUUAGGCUACUUAGACAACAUGGGUAUGAAAUGAACCAAGGUAUGUUCAAUCACUUGAAAGAUGAGACAGGCAAUUUCAAGGCUAGUUAUUUAAAGGAUGCAAAGGGAAUACUAAGUUUGUAUGAAGCUUCUCACCUAGCUGUAGAAGGUGAAAGCAUCUUAGAGGAGGCCAAGCAUUUCACAAGGAUAGCUCUAAAGGAGAUUAUUAAGGGUAAUAAUAAUAAUAAUAAUAAUAAUAAUAAUAAUAGAGAACCAAAGCUAGCAAAACAAGUGAAUCAUGCCUUGGAACUUCCCCUUCACUGGAGGGUUCCUAGGUUAGAGGCUAGGUGGUAUAUUGACAUCUAUGAGAAACAGGAAAACUCAAUUCCUUCUUUGAUUAAACUAGCCAAGUUAGAUUUCAACAUUGUCCAAGCAAUACAUCAGGAAAAUGUAGCUGAUUUAUCAAGAUGGUGGAAAUAUUUGGGCCUUGGAGACCAUUUGAGUUUCGCUAGAGAUAGUCUGAUCGAAUGCUUUUUAGGGACAUUGGCAAUGAACCCAGAGCCUCAAUUUAGUAAUUUUAGAAUUGAAUUGGGUAAGGUCAUAAUGCUAAUCACGAUGAUCGAUGAUGUUUAUGAUGUCUAUGGUUCCUUGGAAGAACUAGAGCUUUUUACUGAUACUGUCGAGAGAUGGGAUAUUACAGCAAUGGAACAACUUCCAGACUAUAUGAAGAUAUGCUUCUUGGCUCUCUUCAACACUGUUAAUGAAAUGGCCUAUUUUCACCUCAAGCAACAUGGAUUUGACACCAUACCUUCCCUAAAGAAAGUGUGGAUUGAUCUCUGUAAAGCAUACUUAGUAGAGGCAAAGUGGUAUUACAAAGGUCAUAAAACAACACUUGAAGAGUACCUAAACAAUGCAGUUAUAUCAAUAGGAUGCAAUGUCAUACUCAUUCAUUCCUUUUUCUCAUUGCAACAAAAUAUUCGAGAGGAGGCAUUAGAUUACAUAUCAGAAAAUCCGAGUAUCUUACAUUUAUCAUCGAUGAUAGUUCGACUUGCUGAUGAUCUUGGUACUUCAGUGGGUGAAUUAGAGAGGGGUGAUGUAUUAAAAUCAAUCCAGUCUUACAUGCAUCAAACUGGUGCUUCCGAAGGUGCGGCACGGGAACAUAUAAGUCAUAUGAUUGAUGAAACAUGGAAGAAGAUAAACAAGGAGAUACUCGCUAAUAAUUAUUUUCUUCUUCCCCAACCUUUUAUCGAGACCACUGCAAAUCUCGCUCGAAUGUCAGUAUGCACUUAUCAACAUGGAGAUGGCUAUGGUGCUAUAGACGAUGACGGGAAGAAUCGAGUUAAAUCAUUGUUGUUUGAACCUAUUCCAUUGUUGAAGGACACUUAACGACCU